UCGAACACCUCCAGUCCGAAAGGUCGGAGCGUGAGGCGAAGGCGGUCGGGAAAGAUGCUCCUUCUGCUGCUGGUGCUCCUUCCCUCCUCCUCCUCCUUGGCUUCGAGGGGAGGUAAAGAGACCCGAGGCGGUGGUGGCUCGAGGUCGGAAGACGCUGGACGAACUCUAUCCCGACUUGAGGGUCAGCCCCCCUGGUGCGCGGAGCCAGAGAAAUCUUCCCGUACGUGCUAUUAACUACACCACGGGCCGUACGUACGUGACCUGCGACGGCAUGCUAGACCAGAGCGUGCCGUACCGAGCGCUGCACGUGGAUGGGUACGGCAUGAGUCCCCUGGCAUCGCUCAGCAUGUCUGACGGCAUCAUAUCGACCAUCUCAGCUGGGAUGUUCAGCAUGCACUCCUUUGAACAACUGUCGUUCAUGAACAACCGCCUAGAAUACAUUGAACCUGGAACCUUAGAACCUCUUCGCUACGAUCUGCGGGCUCUCUACCUGAACGACAACCUCCUCACACAACCGAUGAUGGAUCAGGUCCUGGGCUUCCCGCGGCUGCUGGAGUUCCACGUCCCCAACAACCUCAUCGACGACAUAUCCUCCAUGGCAGGCUACUCCGAGACGGCACCGGACCUCAACACCAUCGACUUCGCAGGGAACCGGAUCUCGUCCCUCGCUCCCUUCACCUUCAGGGCCUUCCCCGGGGUGCUGAUCGUGGUGCUGUCGAAUAAUAAUAUCAGCUACAUCCACCCCGACGCCUUCUACAACACGAAGUCCCUCGAAUACCUGUAUCUCGACGGGAACAACCUGAAUCAGCUGGGCUCCCCCGAGGUCGGCAGGCUCGUCUUCGACCACCCGAUCUUCUCCCUCUUCCUCGAAAAUAAUAAUAUCGAGAGUUUGGUUCCAGGUUUCGUCGAGGGCCUCGCGGAUCGCUCGGGCAUCGCCUUGGACAGCAAUCCUAUGAGACGCUUCCCUGAGGACGUCUUCGGGGAUCUCCUGAGGAACUUCUCCAUCUCGGAUAUCCCGCAGGCUGGGAAGGGCAUCUCCAUCUACCACAACUGGAUCGACUGCGACUGCGACUUCCUGUGGGUGGCCGUCGACGGCUGGCUCAACGCCCACCUGAACGGCGGCCACUGCGGCCACAAGGACGAGCUCCCUUGGCUCAGCGUCGACGACGUGGACGGCGAGGCCCUUCAGGAGCAGUGCCUCGUCACCACGACCGCCGAGCCGACCAACCCGCGGCGCAGGAGGGGCGGCGGGGGCGGGGCGGCGGGGGGCGGGGCGGCCGGCCGUGAGAGCGACUCCUGUGGGAGUGGAGGAAUAAAGGCUUCGGGAAGGGUAUCGUGCAAAGUAAAAGUUCUGGUGUGCCGAAGUGCUGCCUCUGAUCACUGGGAUGAAGACACGGUCGUGAGAAGAGGGCACGAUGAGACUGUCAUGGCUCUGGAAAUCACGUGUCACUCAAUCAAAGGACAUGGUUAUCAUGGGGGAAGUGGUGUGAAGAGUUUAUUGUUGACAUUAAAAAAUCUAGCGGACUUCGGACCUGUGGAGUACCGAAUUUUCGAAAAUGAAGGAUUUUUUAUGUUAUCAUUCCACUGCAACUCAUAG